CCCUGGCUUCCACUGGGUCAUCGCGUGUUGCGGUAGUUCCCGGCGCGAUUGGUAAUGCAGGGUACUGGGACGCAGGUGUGGAUUCACUGUAUAUUCACAGGACUCUUGUUCCCUGUUGUUAAGCCAGGAUUAACUGUUUUCCACUUGAUGUAUUAAAUGGAAGGAAUAUGGCCAUUUAAGGUCUGAAGGGGAUGGAUUUGGCAGUUUAUGGCUCAGGUGCAGACCUGCUGGGUAUUAAUUACAAUAUGCAUUUGCUCUGCAUGUGUCUAAAGGCCUUUUGAGUCCUUAAGGGCACCCUGAUGAGGACUUGCAUUACCCGCUGUCCCUUUGUGCACAGAUUUAAUGUCUGCCUUCCAGGGGAAUUGUGCAUGGUGGGGCAGGGGCCAGGCAGGAGCUUCGCUCUGCCUCCCCAGGACACAGUACAGCUGAGCCAAGGUUUGCAGUGUUUGCGGUGGCAAAGGCCAGUCAUGAAUGACGGUGUUUCUCUGAAACAGGGAGGGAGCUAUGUUUCAGCCAGUGCAGCGGGAAGCCUGAAGGAGCAAUACAAAGUUUGGAAGGUAAAUAUGGAUUCAAAGUAAGUACCAGAGUAUUGCUUUAUACGUUGCAGUACAAGGAGAAAGUGUAGUAUUUGUUUUCACUGUCAGGGAAAAUAGUUGCUGGAAAGGAAAGAACAUAAAACCAGUUUGAGUGAUGGAAUUGGAGUUUGUCCUUGGACUUCAUUAGUAAAACAGAAGCGUAAAGGAUGUAGUGGUAAACUACCAGUUAUGUGUUGUAGCCCAUUAAUGUCAUUCUGAAGAAUAGCUUGGUUUAAAAAUCUGGUUUAAUCUACAGCAGGAUGUGAUCUUUAUAGGCUGUUAUUAGGAAUUUUAUUGCCACUAGUUUCUUCGCUUUUGUGGAGGAAGUUGUGUUUGUUAACGGCACAUGAGUGCCAGAGGAACUUAUGGAUAUAUGGAGACAGCUUGUUGACGAGUAAAUGAGAACUCGUGUGUCUUUGCCUGCAGCAGGUAAAAUGAAAUCAGUCCCUGUCAAAUGGCUAGAGUGCAGUUCUCUAAACGCUGCUGAUAGUCCAGUCAUCUUUGCUAGGGCCUUGUGACUCUGGUCUUACAGCAAGGAUACCCUAUUAGGAGGUAGCAUGAGUGUGAUCUGUGUAGCAGGUCCACAGAUGUGCAAGCUAGCGUGACUAUUUAGCAUUGAAACCUUUUGUACGAGGCGUGAAGUCUUUUUCUGCUUACACCAAAGCUGUUAAAUAGUAACCUGUUAAACAAUUACUUUUCUACGUUUACAAUUGCCUUGUCCCAUUAUAUUUUAAGAGAACCAUUUAAAGAUGUUUAUGACCUCAGAUUUUUGUUCUUUGUUGGCCUCUCAUUUUUUUCCUAAUAGGUAUUUUAUGCCAGCUUACUUAGCAUGAUCAGUUAAAGAAUAGUUCUAGUAUUUGGGAUAUACAUAAGAGAAGUGGGGUUUGGGAUCACCCUGAAAUAGGUCUGUUACUGCUGGAAGAAAGAUUCACUCCUGCUGUGGGCUGCUUGUGCCCACUUCUUUUUCUUCAUACCUUUCUUCUCCUACUGGAGCUAUCCACAGCUCAUUUCAACCAAAUGCAAAAUUACUGACAAGUAGUUGUUUUGAAAUUAGAGUUCAGCUGAUGAAACUAGCGAGCCAAGGCUGUAAGGGGAGUCCCACCUUUAGUCCCUGUCUUUAUGUUCCCACUGCUUCACAUUCAUCUUACAUAGCAGUUUUGUGGCCGCAGAAUCAGCAAUUAACAAAGGCAGAGUAAAGAAUUUCCCAUGUUGUGACUGAAGGUAUAAGGAAAAAAACCUACAGGGAGAUCAACUCAGCAGCGUUAUCUUCUAUGUUUGUUAACAGCCUAUCAUCGCACAGCUUUGGGAGGAGCUUUGUUAUGCAUUCUGAAGAACAAAUAACAUUGUUACAAGUGCAUAAUUGUGUUGCCUAAAAUUUGAUACAAGCUGUAGAGUAGAUGGCUCAGCUUCCUCCUGGGAUUCGAUUCAUCACUGCAUUUUCACGAGAUCAGUGGUAUAGAGCCUUCAUUUUCUCUCUCACUUUCUUGUUGUAUGCCAGCUUCCAUUUAUCAAGGAAACCUAUCAGUAUAGUUAAGGGAGAGCUGCAUAAGCAUUGUGCUGCUUCACAUGAAGUUGAGCUCAACUCAUACAAAGAAUAUGCUGCCCAGAUUCAGCCUGUCAAAAAGCCAUCUAAUAUAUCUCAGUGCGGUUGGGAACCAUUUGAUAAGAACAACUACAAGCAGUUACUGGGAGCACUGGAUUACUCAUUUCUAUGUGCAUAUGCAGUUGGGAUGUAUUUAAGUGGACUAAUAGGAGAACGGCUACCUAUCCGGUACUAUCUGACAGUCGGGAUGCUUGCUAGUGGACUCUUCACUGCAAUGUUUGGAUUGGGUUAUUUCUGUAAUAUACAUAAUCUGUGGUUUUACAUAAUGGCCCAGAUAGCUAAUGGAUUGGUGCAAACUACUGGCUGGCCGAGUGUCGUUACAUGUAUUGGCAACUGGUUUGGAAAAGGAAGGAGAGGUUUGAUUAUGGGAAUCUGGAAUUCACACACUUCAGUGGGAAAUAUCUUGGGAUCCUUAAUUGCUGCUUAUUGGGUGUCUACGUGCUGGGGUCUCUCCUUCGUCGUGCCUGGUAUUAUCAUUGCUGUGAUGGGAAUUGUUUGUUUCCUGUUUCUUAUUGAACAUCCUAAAGAUAUAAGUUGCUCCUGCACGCUAUCCAGUGAUCCAGAAAUGCAGCAUUUACUUACUGACAAUGAAAAUUGCAGUGUGUCCUUGAAUUCCAACACUGUGAUCACUGGGGAAGGCAGACAUGGGACAGCAGCUAUCAGCUUCCUUGGGGCCUUGCGAAUACCUGGAGUCAUAGAGUUCUCCCUUUGUCUUCUGUUUGCAAAGUUGGUGAGCUAUACUUUCCUCUUCUGGCUUCCCCUCUAUAUCACCAAUGUAGAGCAUCUUGAUGCCAAAAGAGCUGGGGACCUUUCUACACUGUUUGAUGUGGGUGGAAUCUUUGGUGGAAUUUUGGCAGGCCUGAUUUCAGACAGGCUGGAGAAGAGGGCAUCAACCUGUGGAAUGAUGUUAUUGUUUGCAGCACCCACAUUGUACAUGUUCUCUGCAGUCAGUAAAAUGGGCCUUGAGGCUACUGUAGUGAUGCUGCUCAUCAGUGGUGCCCUGGUGAAUGGCCCUUACGCUCUGAUCACCACUGCUGUUUCUGCUGAUUUGGGUACCCAUAAAAGCCUGAAAGGUAAUGCAAGAGCCUUGUCCACAGUGACAGCGAUCAUCGAUGGAACAGGAUCUGUAGGUGCAGCUUUGGGGCCUCUCUUAGCUGGUCUUAUUUCCCCAUCUGGUUGGAACAAUGUGUUUUACAUGCUCAUGAUGGCAGAUGCAUGUGCCUUGCUAUUCUUACUCCGUCUUAUUCAGAAGGAACUACGGUGUAAUGCAGACCAUACCCUGUUUAAAGAACACUGAGCUACAAGACCAGGUUUGGAAUAAGGACUCCAUCAGUGAUCAGAGCUCUUCCCUGAAAAACAAACUUCAUGGAAUGGGUUAUUCUGUAUUGAAGAGAUUCUUUUCGGUGAAGAACUUUGCGUGUUUACUAGAAGCAGUGUGAAAAAUGCAGCUGGUAAAUCCCUGAAGCUCUUACUUUUGCACAUGGAUAAGUACCUCAGGAUGGCAACUAUUCAUGAGAUGAAGAGUCGGGAACUUUGGGAAGGUUUUAGCAGUGCGCCUCAACUGAGCCAAAGAUAAAUACCAAGUGCCUUUUUAUUUCUUUUCAUAGGAUGUUUUUAAUUAAAAUGCCAAACUGUGUAUUUUCCAAAAACAAGUCAAAAUGAGAGUAGAAGGAAGUUGAAAUCAUCACAGUCCAGCAGUGUAAAGUUCCAGUGUCAGUGAGCAAAGUAUGUAUCCCUUAUGUCAUCUUGUGCACAUCAAGGGCAUCACUUUAUAGAAGACAAUACCAGCUGGUUGUUAAGAUGCACUGCUAUUAGUAUUUUGAAGCUGCUCAGACAAUAACCUCACCAUAUGAUUAGUUUUUAACUACAGUCCUACUUCUAAUCCCAAUGAUGCUAUUGAGCCUUUUGGUAGGCAAUGAAAUGGAAUUUACUCUUGCAGUGUACUGCAGUUAGCAGUUUUCACAGACUCUCUGGAUGGGUGUUCAUCCUCAAUGAGGAUUGUGCAAAAGAGUCCUAAGCAAGAUAAAGCAGAUUAUGAGUCAGAAUGUCCAGUGGGGGGCUCUCAUGAUUUUCAGGGCAUUAUAAACUGGUUGUGCAAGUGUCACAUAAUUGUUGUGCUGCUCCACUAGGCUUGGUUGAAAUGAGAGGUGUUCCCUUAGGGUAGCAGAGAACUGUGACCUGUCAUACUUGAGCUCUGCAGGAUUGAACAGAUGAGCUGCUUUAGUGCCUGCUGCCACUGUGAUUGCUGUCAGGUACUCCCUGAUUUCAGUGUUGAUGUGUGCACAUGAAUGUCAUUGCCAGAUCAGGGCCUUAAUAACCAGAAAUCUCUUUGAAGUGGCUAAUUUCAAGUGGCUCAGAAUUUCAGAUUUAGAGCCAAAAUAUCAGAAAAGAAAAAUGACCUAGGUGGCAGGUUGUAAGAGAGCAUUUCAGUAACUAGUGUUACCCAGCGAAUAGAUGGUUUAAUGUCUUCAAAACAUAUCAUUUCUUUGUACAGCUGUCUCCUUUGCAAAACAGAUGUUUCUGUGAUUUAUUUUUUAAGAUGUACAAAGUGAAAAGGAGGGGAUUUUGUAUGAGGUGUUUAUACUUAAAUCAUGAAGUCUAGGUAAUUUAAACUGUGUAUUAUUCUUAACUGUAUUUAUUAAAGCUCUAGGCACAUGUCUUGUUCUGAACUAUGCUCUUAAAUAUUGUGAAACAAUGUAGUAGUCUUUACACUUGAUUAAUAAAACAGCACGCUCUAAAAUAGUCCCGCAAAAUAUGGUGGAGAAAUGUCUCAUCAGCUGCUGGUGUUGUUCCAUAUGCUGGCACAACUUUUAAUUUCCAGGGCUGAUUAGUAAUUGUUCAGUCUUUGAUGAGUUAUUUCACUGGUUUGAUUCAGCUCAUGCUUUAUGCUUGACUUGAACAGUAUAAGAAUGUGUCCAUUUUUAACUGUUUUGUUGAAAACCAGGGAAAACCUCAGUCCCACAAACACUUAAGGAAGGUACCAAGUCGUUGCAAAUGAAUGCUGUUUAUAGGCUCCAACUCUGCAGUUACCUGGAUGAAUGGUUAACUUUAGAUUUUCAGUAAACCUCUUGAGACCAGUGGGGACGCUCAACAUGUGAAUU